AUGGCUGAAGAAAGUAACAGAGAAGAAACAAUCACUGGCGCGACGGCGGUAUGGAGGGUGGCGGAAAGUCACGGCGUCACGCACGUUUUCGCCAAUCCUGGCACGACGGAGAUGCAUUUCGUCGGCGCGUUUGAGUCUGUUCGUAAAAUCGAGCCAAUCUUGACUUUACACGAGACCGUUGCCUCUGGAGCUGCAGACGGGUAUGCUAGAGUGAAGAAAGGCUCGAAUGUGAAUAUUCCAGGCGUAACUUUACUCCAUCUCGGUCCGGGAUUGAUGAAUGCUUCGGCAAAUCUACACAACGCUCAUCGCGCCGGAUCGUCUGUUGUAAACGUAGUCGGCGAUAUGUCCACUUGGCAUUCUGGCACCGAUCCAGUCCUUGAGAGUUCGAUCGCUGAUAUCGCGAAGAUUAACGGCGCGGUUGUUUCGUCCAAAGUCCCCGCAGCUAUUGCGGCGGAUGCAAAAGAAGCAUUUGUGACUGCGACGAGAAACUCGACAUCUCCGGGGGCGUCGAAAGUGGUUACUUUAAUUGUACCCCACGAUCGAAGUUGGGAGCGCGUUUCGAAAGUAUCCGUCGAAGAUGUGAUUCGUGGAGAUGCUUCGCCAUUAGAGCAACUGAACGAGGAUCGUGAACAAAAGAGUCAACACCUCCAGUCACCAGAGCAAGCAACGACGAAAGGAAGUGUAGCCGAGCGCAUGCACGCGCAACUCACAGAACUUCUAGAUGAAAAAGAAGUUCCGCCACCAUUUACGACCAAGACUACCUUUCGUUCCAUCGGAUUAACAUCGCAAUCGAGCAUACGCUACGCCUCAAUGUUACGCGAAGAAUUCAAGUUGGAUAUUCAACCGACGAUCAUGUAUGACUACAGUUUAGUUUGGGACUUAGUUUUAUACAUCGAAGACCGCUUGGCGAUUGAGAACAAAAACAGCGGGGGGGAGAAUAGUUUCUCUCCUGCGUCUUCACCCACGCGAGAGAGCGCUGAUGUGGGUAAGAAAAAUACUUCACAUUCGCAUGGUCUUUCUGAACCGGUACAAAAGGCCAUCAACGCGUUUGGUAAGUCGUUCGUAAAAAGUAUUUUGAAAUCUGAAUCCGGGAAAGUGGGCGUCUACUUGGGCGGCGACGCGGGAAUUAGAGAAAACUUGGAACGUGUCUGCGGAAUUUUUCGCAAACUGGGCAUCUCCGAAGACUCAAUUUACGUCGAAAAUGCGUUCUCGCGCAUCGAUCGUGGUGGUGAUCUCAUGGUGAAAAGAUGUCCAUACUUCCCGCGCGACGCGAUGGCGACGUUGGCCAGUUUUGAAACGCUCGUUCUCGUCGACGCGAAGAAACCGGUCGCGAUGUUUGGCUACAAAGACCAAAACUUCUCCUCGCUCAUUCGCCAAGGCGAGGACGAUGUUUGGGAAAUCGAAGCACCGCCUGGUGGCAAACUGACUGACGCGUUUGAAGCGAUCGAAACUGCGUUAGAAAAGAAGGCAAAUGCGUGGAGAACGGAUGUUGCGGACGCUAAGAACGAUAAACACCGCGAAAGAGUCACGCGUGCGGCGAAGGAAAAUACGUUGCGCGAGACGAGCGGAAAGUUGACACCCGCCGCAAUGUGCGGAACGAUCGCAAAAUCGCAACCGGAAAACUGUGUUGUUGUUGACGAAAGUUUAACGUCAGGUUCGAUGUAUUGGGACUCGACCGAUGCGUUCUCGCCUCAGUUUACGCACUUGACUCUCACCGGUGGAGCGAUUGGUUUCGCUCUUUCCGCCGCAGUGGGGGCGGCGGUCGCUGAUCGUUCGCGCAAAGUCAUCGCGUUUCAAGCCGACGGUUCAGGUUUGUACGAUUGUCAAGCGCUAUGGACUAUGGCCAGGUACAAUUUGAACGUGUGCGUGGUCAUUUGCAACAACUCGAGUUACAACAUCUUAAACAUUGAAAAUGCGAUGCAAAGAGUUGAAGAUGCGAACAAGACAAACGUGUCGAAAUCGUUGACGAGUCUCGGGGAACCAACCAUCGAUUGGGUCACCAUGGCGAAAUCGUUCGGCUUCCGCAUGGCUACUCGAUGCGACACGAUUGAAAGUUUCCAAAUGGUCUUCCAAGAAGCGAUGGAAAAGAACGGCGAUGGCCCCAUACUCGUGGAGGCUGUUUUAUAG